AUGGCCGGCCGCGAGCCGUACCGCCUGAAGCCGCUCCUCAUCGGCUACAACCUCUUCCUCAGCCUCUGGAACGCCCACUUUCUCUAUCGCUUUCUGGUGCUCCACCGCUGGGGGGCGGACGUCUUUGACUUCCGUCGGCCGUCCUUUGAAGACCACUCGCCGCUGGCCCUCGAGCAGAUCAGCCUGCAGCACGUCUACCUGCUCUCCAAGUUGGUCGACCUCUUUGAGACGAUCUUCUUUGUGCUGCGCAAGAAACCGAAUCAGAUUACCGCCCUCCACACCUACCACCACUUCACUGUUCCCAUCAUCGGCUUCGUCAGCAUCCGCCUGGUGGGCAACAGUCGGCCGUUGUUGCUCUUUGGCCUCUGCAACUCCUUUAUUCACACGAUCAUGUACGGCUACUACGGCCUGUCCGCCUUUGGGCCCCACAUGCAGCCGUACCUCUGGUGGAAGCGGUACAUCACCCAGAUUCAGAUCAUCCAAUUCGCCAUCUUCAUCGUCGUCGGCGUCGCCUUCGUCACCCUCCAAACCGGCCACCACUGGUUCUACCUGACCUGCUUCUUUGGCCAGUCGUCGCUCUACCUGGUCCUCUUCAUUCGCUUCUACCUCAAAACGUACAAACAACAACAGCAACAGCAACAACAGAGCAAGAGGAAAGUCGCCUAA